AUUCUCUUCUACAUCUCUGGAAUAGAUCUCUCCAAUAACAGUCUGACAGGCGAAAUCCCACCUGAAUUCGGCAACUUUACCAACAUCAAGGUACUGAAUUUGUCUCAUAACUUUCUCUCUGGAUCCAUCCCGUCGACAUUCUCCAACUUGAAGCAAAUUGAGAGCUUGGAUCUAUCAUACAACAAGCUCAACGGAACAAUCCCCAACAACCUCGUCGAGCUGAACUUCUUAGCAGACUUCAGUGUGGCACACAAUAACUUGUCAGGCAAGACACUAGGAAAUGUAGCACAAUUUGGGACAUUUGAUGAGAGUAGCCACCAAGGCAAUGAUCUGCUAUGCGGAUGGCCUCUGCCAAAAAAAUUGCUACCACACAAGAGAGGAUGA